AGGCUUUAACUUUAAUAGGUCGGGGCGAUUUGAUUAGGGCACUUUGGAGUCGGUUGGCCGGGGCGGUGGGCAUGGCCACGCCGCGGGAUCGCGGACUAGAUCCGGAGAAGGCGGAACACAACAACUCGGGGUGGGGGUGGGGGCUGGGUCGUGGGGAAAAGGCGUUUAGUGGGGGUUUCAGUCUCAGCGCGGAGGCCUGUUAGUUAGAGGAGGCGCCGGGAGCCGCGCGGCGAGCGCCCCAGGGGAACGCCGGCUGAGCCCGCGCCCGCGCCCAGCUCCCUCUCCCGGGGCGCCCGGCGCUCCCCCAGCCGCGGCCCCGGUCCUCCCGCCCCGCCGGAGCCGCGCGGUGGAUUGUGGGCUGGGGGCUGCGGCGGCCUCGCGGCGGCCUCAGACACUGUCUCCCCGGACGGAGCCGGACCGGGCAGGGCCGGCGGGGUGAGGGGAAGCAGUGGAGCAGGAGCAGAAGCACCAGGGGGCAGUGGUCGCGUCGCGGCGCGGCGGCGGCGGCGGCGGCGGCGGCUCCUCUGGAGGCCGGGGAUGUGGGAGAGGCGGUGGCAGCAGCGGCGGAGGCGGCGCUGCGGACCCGGGGGAAACUGCUGGCUGACAGGACACCCGGGAGAGACGUAGGGAGCAGCCGCUGCCGCCUCUCACCCCGAGUGGAGCAGGGCUCGAGAGGACGGCCCGGCGCUCUCGGGGACGACUAGCUAGCCGGCGCGGGGCGGGGGCGUGAAGUCGGGCUCCGGCCAGGUCGGGCUCAGGGCGGCGGCGGCCGCGGAGCUGCUGCCUGGGCGCGACGUGGAGUUGGAGGCGGCGGCGGCGAUGCACUAGGCCGCGCUCUGGGGCGGCUGCCCGGGACCCGCAGUUGAGUGGUGAUUUUAUGCAAUGGCUUCAAGCCACAGUUCUUCACCAGUGCCUCCAGGAAGCAGCAGUGAUGUUUUCUUUAAGAAAGAGGUAGAUUCAACAAAACACAUUCGAACUGUGCAGUCACUGCCAGAUGUGUGUCCCAAGGAACCCGCAGGUGAUUCAAAUAGUUUGUGUGUUGCCCCAUCUCUAAUUACAGAUCAACAUAGAUGGACUGUAUAUCAUUCCAAAGUAAAUCUCCCAGCAGCAUUAAAUGAUCCUAGAUUAGCAAAAAGAGAAUCUGACUUCUUCACAAAAACAUGGGGAUUGGACUUUGUGGACACUGAAGUCAUACCUUCACUCUACCUCCCACAGAUCAGCAAGGAACAUUUUACGUUAUAUCAACAGGAAAUCUCUCAGAGAGAGAAGAUUCAUGAGAGAUGCAAGACUAUUUGUCCUCCUAAAGAUACUUUUGACAGAACGCUCUUACAUACUCAUGAUAAAUCCCGGACAGAUCUAGAGCAAGUACCUAAGAUUUUUAUGAAAUCAGAUUUUGCCUUGGAUGAUUCCUUAACUUUUAAUUCAGUUUUGCCAUGGUCUCAUUUUAAUACGGCUGGUGGAAAAGGAAAUCGUGAUGCAGCUUCCUCAAAGUUGCUACAGGAAAAGCUGAGCCAUUAUCUGGAUAUUGUGGAAGUAAACAUUGCUCACCAGAUCUCUCUACGUUCAGAAGCAUUUUUUCAUGCAAUGACCUCUCAACACGAAUUGCAGGACUACCUCAAGAAAACUUCCCAGGCUGUAAAAAUACUUCGAGAUAAAAUUGCACAAAUUGAUAAAGUAGUGUGUGAAGGAUCACUACACAUUUUGAGACUGGCACUUACCAGAAAUAAUUGUGUUAAGGUAUAUAAUAAACUGAAGUUAAUGGCUACUGUACACCAGACUCAGCCUACAGUACAGGUGUUGUUAUCUACUUCUGAAUUUGUUGGAGCAUUGGACUUAAUAGCAACAACACAAGAGGUUCUACAGCAGGAACUUCAGGGCAUUCACAGCUUCCGGCAUUUGGGAUCACAGCUUUGUGAAUUAGAAAAAUUGAUAGAUAAAAUGAUGAUUGCUGAAUUUUCUACUUAUUCUCACAGUGACUUAAAUAGACCACUGGAAGAUGACUGUCAAAUUUUAGAAGAGGAAAGACUAGUAUCCCUUGUAUUUGGACUUCUAAAACAAAGAAAACUUAAUUUUUUAGAGACCUAUAGUGAAGAAAUGAUUAUUACUGCAAAGAAUAUCAUUAAACAGUGUGUGAUCAAUAAAGUCUCACAAAUAGAAGAAAUAGAUACAGAUGCUAUUGUGAAGCUUGCAGAUCAGAUGAGAAUGUUGAAUUUUCCUCAGUGGUUUGACCUGCUCAAGGAUAUAUUUUCUAAGUUUACAAUUUUCUUACAUAGAGUAAAGGCAACAUUAAAUGUCAUCCACAGUGUUGUUCUCUCAGUUCUUGAAAAAAACCAAAGGACUAGAGAAUUGGAGGAGAUUGCACAACAGAAAGAUGCUACAAAAGAUAAUUCACUGGACACAGAAGUGGCUUAUUUAACCCAUGAAGGCAUGUUUAUAAGUGAUACAUUCAGUGAGAAUGAAUUAACACCUGUAGCAAUUGAUACUACCUCUCAGAGAAAUGCAUCUCCAAAUAGUGAGCCCUGCAGCAGUGAUUCAGUAUCUGAACCAGAAUGUACUACUGAUUCUUCAUCCAGCAAAGAGCAGACAUCAUCUUCUGCUACUCCAGGUGGUGUGGAUAUUGUGCUUAAUGAAGACAUGAAAUUAACUGACUCAGAGCUUGGAAAGCUGGCAAAUAAUAUCCAGGAGCUAUUAUAUAGUGCUUCAGAUAUAUGCCAUGAUCGAGCUGUCAAAUUUCUCAUGUCAAGAGCAAAGGAUGGUUUUCUUGAGAAGCUAAAUUCUACAGAAUUCAUAACACUAUCUAGAUUAAUGGAAACAUUUAUUUUAGACACUGAGCAGAUUUGUGGAAGAAAAAGCACAUCAUUACUUGGAGCACUUCAGAGUCAAGCUAAUAAAUUUGUAAAUAGGUUUCAUGAGGAGAGAAAAACCAAGCUCAGCCUCCUCCUUGAUAAUGAACGCUGGAAGCAAGCUGAUGUUCCUGCAGAAUUUCAGGAUCUUGUUGAUUCUUUAUCAGAUGGAAAGAUUUCUUUACCUGAAAAAAAAUCAGGGGCUAAUGAAGAAAGGAAACCAGCUGAAGUUCUCAUUGUGGGGGGACAACAGUAUGCUGUUGUAGGGACUGUGUUGCUGUUGAUAAGAAUUAUUCUUGAAUAUUGCCAGUGUGUGGAUAACAUCCCAUCUGUUACUACUGACAUGCUUACUCGUCUAUCAGAUUUAUUGAAGUACUUCAAUUCAAGAAGUUGUCAGCUAGUUCUUGGAGCUGGUGCACUGCAAGUUGUUGGACUAAAAACAAUAACUACAAAAAAUUUGGCUCUUUCUUCACGCUGUUUGCAGUUAAUUGUACAUUAUAUUCCCAUGAUCCGGACCCAUUUUGAAGCCCGACUGCAGCCUAAGCAGCAUAACAUGCUUAAGCAUUUUGAUCAUAUCACUAAGGACUACCAUGACCACAUAGCUGAAAUAUCAGCUAAACUUGUAGCGAUAAUGGAUAGUUUAUUUGACAAGCUAUUAUCUAAGUAUGAGGUGAAAGCUCCUGUUCCUUCUGCCUGUUUCAGGAAUAUUUGUAGGCAAAUGGCAAAAAUGCAUGAAGCUAUAUUUGAUCUACUUCCAGAAGAACAAACACAAAUGUUAUUUUUAAGAAUAAAUGCAAGUUACAAAGUCCACUUGAAAAAGCAGUUAUCUCACUUAAAUGUGAUAAAUGAUGGCGGACCUCAAAAUGGGUUGGUCACAGCAGAUGUAGCUUUUUACACUGGAAACCUUCAAGCUUUGAAAGGCCUUAAAGAUCUGGACCUAAAUAUGGCAGAAAUCUGGGAACAGAAGAGGUGAUGACAUACUGGAAAACUGGGUACUCUAUUUGACCAUGGGAUAUAUAUGUUUGUGAAGAAAUAUGGAUACCUGUGACUCAAGAACUGAACCUGGAACCCAAAGUGAACUGGGAUGGGGUAAGGGGAAAAGGAAAGUAUCAGUGUAGGGAAACUGGGACUCAGUAGAAUCUAAAAGGAAUACCAUUUUUGUGCUUCCUUCAGAGAGGAGUAACUGAUCAGGUGUCUAACAUUUUUCAUUCUCUUUGGAAACAGACUCAGGUUUCUUUGGACCAAAUCCAAAAGAACACAUAGCUGUAACACAGCUGUAGUUGACUAGAAUGCUCUGUAUACUUUAUAUUAAAAAUGCUUUGCAUUUAUUCCAGUGCAAUGAAAUUCAUAUGGUGUCCCACCUUAUUUAAUGAUGGUACAAUUUAAAAUAUUAAAAUCUUAGUCACCCUCUGUAGAAAGUUUUCUCUAUGAAAGUAAAGCUGUUUGAAAAUUAUUUUUUUACAGAUCUUUCUAUAAAAAAUAAACAUCUUUUGAUUGCUUGGA